GGCACUCACAGAGACGGAACCAACAGUCAGAAAACAUGCUCUAAAGCUGGUUUACCCUUCAGGUUACAAUGUAUAGGGUUUCUGCAUGCAAGGAGAGUCCUGCUUCUCGGAAUCGGUAGCAAACCUCGGCGGGCCGGCCUGGAAACAGGAAGUGAGCGCAGGCCCGGGCUCGGGCUGGAGGCUCGGAAGACCUUAGCCGGUGGCGGCCUUGCCCGAGCCCCGGGAAGCUGUCACCGGCGGCGCCAGGACUCGGCGACAGGUGACAGCUCUUCUACCCCUUGAAGAGAAUGGAUUUCUACAGUUGCCUUCACUAUAUUGCUGAACAGCUGGGCAGUGAAGAACUGGCUGCUCUCAAGUUCCUGUGCUUGGACCACAUCCCACAGAAGAAGCAGGAGUCCAUCAAAGAUGUCCUGGAGCUAUUUCAGAGGCUGCAGGAAAAGGAGAUGUUGGAGGAAGGCAAUCUGUCUUUCCUGAAGGAGCUGCUUUUCCACAUCAGUCGGUGGGACCUGCUGAGCAACGUCCUGAACAGCAGCCGAGAGGAGAUGGGGAGGGAGCUGCAGCUUCCAGGCAGUGCCCAGGUUCCUGCCUACAGGGUCAUGCUCUUUAAACUCUCAGAAGAAGUGACCGAGUUGGAAUUGAAAUCUUUUAAGUUCCUUUUGAGCGUUGAGAUCCCCAGAUGUAAGCUGGAAGAUAGCUUGAGCCUGCUUGAUAUGUUCAUAGAAAUGGAAAAGAGGAUCAUCCUGUCAGAAAAUAACUUGGAAACCCUAAAAUCAGUCUGUGGCCAGAUCAACAGGAGCCUGCUGGGAAAGAUCGAGGACUUCGAAAUGUCAAGCACAGAGAGAAGAAUGAGCCUUGAAGGAAGGGAAGAUUUGCCAGUUCCAGUUUUGACGGAGAUGUGCUGCAAAAUGCAGGAAAUGUGUGACUCUCGAAGAGACCAAGACAGUGAGUCACUGGAUUCAGACAAAGUUUACCAAAUGAAGAACAAACCUCGGGGAUACUGUCUGAUCAUCAACAAUAAUAAUUUCAGCAAGGCUCGGGCGGACAAACCUCUACUCCGCAAAUUGAAGGACAGAAAAGGAACAGACUAUGAUAAAGAGGCUCUGAGUAAGACCUUUAAGGAACUUCAUUUUGAGGUAGUGUCUUACGAUGACUGCACAGUAAAUACAAUCCAUAACGUUCUAGUAUCCUACCAAAGCAAAGACCACAAGAACAAAGACUGCUUCAUCUGCUGCAUCCUAUCGCACGGAGAUCAGGGCGUCAUCUACGGAACGGAUGGGAAGGAAGCCUCCAUCUGUGAGCUGACAUCUUAUUUCACUGGUUCAAAGUGCCCUUCCCUGGCUGGAAAACCCAAAAUCUUUUUUAUUCAGGCUUGUCAAGGAAAUAACUUCCAGAAAGCAGUGCCUGACGAGGCAGGCUUUGAACAGCAGCACGACAUGUUAGAAGCGGAUUCAUCAUCUCACAAGAACUAUAUCCCGGAUGAGGCAGACUUCCUGCUGGGGAUGGCUACUGUGAAAAACUGCGUUUCCUACCGAGAUCCCAUGAAUGGAACCUGGUAUAUCCAGUCACUUUGCAAAAGCCUGUCGGAAAGAUGUCCUCAAGGUGACGACAUCCUCAGCAUCCUGACUGGCGUGAACUACGAUGUGAGCAGUAAAGACGACAGGAAGAACAACGCGAAGCAGAUGCCGCAGCCCACCUUCACACUACGGAAGAAACUCUUCUUCCCCCUCAACUGAUGUGUGCUCUACGGCUCACAUGGCUUAUCUGUGCACUUUGUGUGGCGUGAUGAAUCUAAUUUAUUGCUUUAUGAUUUCUUUUGUUUUUGAGUUUACACUUAUAUCAUUUCCCCAUUUCCUCCCUUCAAAUCCUUCUAUGUAAUCUUCCAAUUUCAAAUACAUGACCUCUUUUGUCAUUGUUAUACACACACACACACACACACACACACACUUCAAAUAUAACCUACCCAGUCUGUAUCCUGUCACUUGGAUGUAUGUUUUGUUUUGCUUUUUUAAAAUGGAGUGACCUCUGGUAGGCCAAUCACACUCCAAGGCAGGCCCCUCUCCCAAGAAUAGUUGGGCAACACAAAUUGGAUUCCGCGGGUUCACGUUUAAUCCCAGCACCCUGGAGGCAGAGGCAGGAGGAUCUCUAUCUUUAAAGCCAGCCUGCUCUACAGAGCAAGUUCUGAGAGCCAGGGCUACACAGAGAAAGCUUGUCUUGAAAAAUCAAAAAAGAAAACUUGAAAGUGCGCGAGUAAGAAAGCAAGGCCAGAGCAUGAACCUGGGGCGAGUCGGCAGAGGUGGGGGGAGGGUGUCAUCAGCAUUCGCUACAUGAAAUUCUUCCAGGUUAGUUUUUCAUUAGUCUCUGGAUAGUUCAUGAUCAACUGAAAGCCCUUCAGAGUGAGAGCUGUUGGGAAAUUUGGGGAAUAAUAAAUAGAGACGGGUCCCUUUGUUUUUGGAGGGAGUAACUAUAAAAACCCGAAAGCCCAAGAUCCACUAUAAAACCACUUCCGUGGCUAAGUGUGGUUAAGGAUUAACCUUGACCAGGAUGAGGUGGUGGUUCAGUGGUCAAAGAACUUGCCAAGCAAACUCGGGGGGCCUGAGUUCAGCUCCCGGGAACCAAUGUAAAUGCCGAUGGGCAUGUUGACCCGCCUAUAAUUGCUGCGCUUGGAGGGUGGGGGCAAGAUCCCUGGAGCAAGCUGUGCAGCCAGCCCAGUGGUAUCAGAGGACGGUAGGUUCAGUUGAGAGACCCUGCCUCCGUGAUUGUGGUGGAGAGUGAUUGAGGAAGACUACAUGCAUGUGCCUGCCAAAGCAUGUGUGCCCUUACACAUGUACUUACGCAUGUGUGAGCAAUGCUUGCAUGCAUACAUGUGAGCAAAACUUAAACUUGUCAGCGUUAACAUUGCCGCUAUGUCUUCAAUAAAUGGGGGAUUGGUGAGCUGGCUCACUGGGUAAGGUGGCUUGCUGCAAAAACUUAUGACAAGGUUUGAUCCCUGGAACCAAAAUGAUAAAAGAAAGAUUUGACUCCCAUAAGUUAUCCUCUGACCUCCAAAGCACACUCUCACAUACCUGCAACAGAUAGAUGAAGACAAAUUUUAAGGAAAACUGAGGCCGGCUGUGGUAGGCCACACUGAGUCCUCAGGGUAUAGAGGCAGGCAGAUCUGGAGUAUAGGGUUAUCCUCAGCUACAUAAUGAGUUUGAGGCCAGCCUCAGCUAUAUUUGACCUUUUUUUUUUUUUCAAAAAAAAAGUGGUAAAAAUUAUUUUUUGUUAGUUUUUAGGUAACUUACAGGUUUUUAAUGAAUGUACUUCUAGUUAGUGGUCCAUUAGAAAAUUCUAUUUUUUCCUUUCUGGAAGACUUUAUAAAAAAAGAAAAAGGUUUAAUUUAUGCUUUGUAGGAGAAUAACAUUAAAACAAAACUCAUUUUUUAAAAAAGUAUUUUAUUAUGAAAAUUCUUAUAAAUAUACAAAAAGUGAAAGCAAACAACAGCAUGAAGCCACGGCUUACACCCUCAGCCACAGCAGCUGUCCUGUGCUCUGUCCUCACUGACUGUGUCCCCACCUGUCUGCCUCCCCGCCUCGCUCCCUCGCUGCCUCGCUCCCUCGCUGCCUCGCUCCCUCGCUGCCUGGCUUGGGUCCAUUAAAGUGGAAUAUUCUUACAUCUGAAUAGUUUAGAGACCCAAGUGUCUCUAAGGAUGAGGUACAUUUCAGAUAGCUAAAGCAUUUUUAAGCAUAGACACCAGCCAGUGUCCAUAUCCGGAACCUCCUGAUCUUCUUGCAUUCUUACAGUCUGUCUGAAUCGGGGUCUAGCAAGAUCUCUAUCUUGAAUUUUGUUUGUCUUUCAAAUUCCAUAUGAAUGUAUAGAUUUUUUCUAUGUUUUCAUGUAACUUUUGAAAAGAAACUGAGUUGUUUACACAUUG